AUGCUCCCUGCCCCGAAGCCAGCAUACCGCUCCAAGGAUGAUUCAGAUAUUCAGCUACAGGAGCUGGACCCUGAAUCCAGUCGGCUCAUUCCCCAGAAGAAGAAGUCGCAUCGGGUGUGGGUACAGGGUAAACUGGCACAAGUGAGGAGUGUAUCGACCGCGCGGAUCAAGUCACAGAAGAAAGCCAGGGAAGCAGAAAAGGGCAAAGAGGCCGACAAGAACAAUGAGACCCCCCAAAGACGCAAUUCGGCCGGUGAUCAACAGGAUACAGGCACCGAAACGGAGGAUGAGGAGACUGCCGUCAGAGCGCGUCAACUGAGGGGCUAUGGCAUUGGAGGCAUCGGGAACAUUCGACGACCGACUGAGGUUAUUCAUGGACCGAAUCCGCCACCUAGUCGCAGCGAGCCCGGUACCCUGUCCAAAGGCCGUGCGGCAUCAAAGUGGAAUCUGAGAGAGAUGUUCGCACUUGAACCAGAGGCCUCCACUAUGCCAAAGAGAUAA